AUUCUCCUUUUCCCUCCUCCAGCUAUCAUCUGGUGUGAGUGGGAGCUGAUUUUGGUGUGACGCAACAGAGUCUACCCCUCCUUUCUCCAUGCGAACCGUUAACUAGAUCGGGAAAUUUCUUGAUGACAGCCCGAGGGUCCGAGUGCGAAGGGAAGGCCUAGGGAAUUCCAAAUACUUAUUUCGUUUGGUGUAGACGAGGAUUACAUGUUGUGUAAGUGAUUAGCUGUUCGUCUGACAUCUGAUUUACUGACGAAAUACCCAUUGAUGCAGACGGGGCUUAGAUGAGUCUUACUACGAUGCGAUUGAUCUUUGAAUAUUCUACAAUACUGUAACUACUCUAUGAUAGCUGUCAGAGAUCUCGAGAGAUUCGUGAAGCAAUCAUACUGAAUCUGUCAAAUCCCACUAUCCUGCAUCUUCAAGGGAUCAAUGAUGCGGGUGCCAUCCACUCAUAUCUAUUUCUAUCCACUAUCGGAUUAGUGUGUACCUUCUACAGUACUCGAGUGCACCCUCCAAACCCUAGAUAAUCGCAUCCCACUGCAUUGCCUACCGCAUCUUCUGAAUAAGGUUCUUUCGACAAGGAAUUGUAUUUUGGAAUUUGGAAUUCAAAAUCUUACCCUUUCUAUGAGACAGAUUAAUCGGCAAUCAUAGACGCUAAUUGGCCUUCGGGAUUUGACGUUGAAGUCCUCAAGCUGGCCGCUUCUGAUUGGUCAAUGGACGCGGGGCAUUGAUCGCCGUUAGCUCGGCCUCGACCUCACUCAUCCGUGCCCCGCCAUACAUCCGUAUUCAUCUAACUCGUAUUUACUAUCAAAACAAAUUCCAAAUUUCGACGCCAAAACAACUGCAAGUCUGACCUCAGAGCGCCCAGAAAGCGCCUUCUCGCCAUUUGGAGAGGAUACGGUGUGAGAAAUAUCGCCGAUUCGGGAUUUGGAGUCGGGUCCCUGGGUGUGAUGUGAUGGCCGACGCCAUGGAUACGGAUAUGGACCUGCAGGUCGGGAUGCAGGUCGAGCAGGAUAUGGAGUUGGAUGGGGACGAUGAGAUGGAUUCGGAUGAGGAAAUUGAGGCGAGUGAGGUUGAGGUGUCUGGAGCGGUGGAGAAAGGGAAGGAGGUAAGCUUAAGGGUUUCUUUUUUGUUGAUGGUGAUUCUGUGGUUGUGCUGUGUCACGUUUCUUUGGGGGCAAAACCUCAAGUUUGGAGGUGAUAUGAGAUUUUGUUUUUCUUAUCUUCAAUUCUCGAUAGUUUUUUGUUCUUUGGGGGCAGUGAGAGAAUGGAGACAAUGACCAAGAGGAAAACUAACGGGAACAGAAAGAAUACCCAUUCUCUCUUGCGCCCGCAAUCUAUAUGCCCUUCACUGGUUUCGAUGAUUCCGACGGCGAAUGCCCUCCUAGUGAUGUGGAAUGCCCAAGAGAACCACAGAUAGGCAAUCCAAUCUACAUCAACAGCCUAACAAAAAUCAUCAAGAAUGUCAUCGCCCAACAAAACAUUGUCAGAAACAAUAUGCUAUACCUCACGAAACAACGCGUUGACCAACUCUAUGAGAAAUCCCGCAAGGACAUGAAAGCUCUUGUCACACACGAUGAAGAAAAAGAAAGAGAGACGGUCCCACCCGAGAGCUCGAGAUCACGAAACCCGCAAAACCUCCCACCCGAAGAUCCCGGCGCUGAAACAGGUGAGAAUCACAAACCUAGACCAGAAACCGUACCAUGGCGGUAUGGUGACCCUGAACUCGAUGACUCACAAUUGAGUCCUCGUGAAAUAAUCCGCAAGCACCUCUACUCCGAAAUCUCAAACCUAAUGGAUCGGUGUGCGACCGAACUGGAACAUUACGAUGAGCAUUGUGCCGAGAUACUCAACAAGCACCGCGUGGAAUUAGAAAAGAUGGGCGGGAAUAUGGAUAAUAUCUUGAAAGAGCUGGGGCUUCUCAAGAGUCCGGUUAGCCCUGCUGGUUCUACGAUGACAUCCGAUAGACGGGGUUCAGAGAGUACGACGUUCUCACCUAGUGCCACGAGUCCACCUAUGUGGAGGACGUCUACUACGAUGAGUCCGAGGAGAGAGGGGAAUGUAGGGAAUGCUCAUGGUGUUGCGAGGACGGAGAGAGGCUCUGAAGGGGAUGAGGAGCAGGAAACUGUUGUUAUGCGGUAAGGAUGGGAAGUUUGCACUGUCUUUGAGGUUUGAACGCCGUACGGAAUGGGCAUGUGAUGGUGCUUUGUAUGUAUGUUCGAAAUUAUUGUGUGUAAAGAGUGCGUU